AUGUCUGUGGAGUUCAGGCAGCCAGAGGGGCUUCACGGUCAGUCCCCGGGGCCAGGUGGACACUUGAGGGCCACGGACACAGGUCCUCCAUCCAUGCCCGCCCCCUGGAGCCUGCCCCGUUGGAGAGCUUAUGUGGCCGCUGCCGUGCUCUGCUACAUCAACCUCCUGAACUACAUGAACUGGUUCAUCAUUGCAGGAGUGCUGCUGGACGUACAGAAGUUUUUCCAUAUCAGUGACAGCAAUGCUGGUUUGCUUCAGACAGUCUUCAUCAGCUUCCUGCUGCUGUCUGCACCCGUGUUUGGCUACCUGGGCGACCGACACAGCCGCAAGGCCACGCUGAGCUUCGGUAUCCUGCUCUGGUCUGGAGCCGGCCUCUCCAGCUCCUUCAUCUCCCCCCGGUACUCCUGGCUCUUCUUCUUGUCCCGGGGGCUGGUGGGGACUGGCACAGCCAGCUACUCCACCAUCGCUCCCACUGUCCUGGGAGACCUCUUCGUGAGGGACCAGCGGACCCGUGUGCUGGCCGUAUUCUACAUCUUUAUCCCUGUUGGAAGUGGUCUGGGCUACGUGCUGGGGUCGGCUGUGACAGAGCUGACUGGGAACUGGCGUUGGGCCCUCCGAAUCAUGCCCUGCCUGGAAGCUGUGGCCUUGAUCCUGCUUAUCAUGCUGGUUCCAGACCCACCCCGAGGAGCUGCUGAGAAGCAGGGGGUCGCAACCAUGGGGGACCCACGGAGCAGCUGGUGUGAGGACGUCAGAUACCUGUGGAGAAACUGGAGUUUUGUGUGGUCGACGCUUGGGGUGACAGCCAUGGCCUUUGUGACUGGAGCUCUGGGCUUCUGGGCCCCCAAGUUUCUGUUCGAGGCCCGUGUGGUGCACGGGCUGCUCCUUCCCUGCUUUCGGGAGCCGUGCAACAGCCAGGACAGCCUGAUUUUCGGGGCACUGACUGUUGUCACUGGCAUUAUUGGGGUUAUCCUGGGAGCAGAGACUUCGAGGAGGUACAAGAAAGUCAACCCUCAGGCUGAGCCCCUCAUCUGUGCUGCCAGCUUGCUUGCUGCAGCCCCCUGCCUCUACCUGGCUCUCAUCCUGGCCCCGACUACCCUCCUGGCCUCCUAUGUGUUCCUGGCCCUUGGGGAGCUUCUCCUGUCCUGCAACUGGGCUGUGGUUGCCGACAUCCUGCUGUCGGUGGUGGUGCCCAGGUGCCGGGGGACAGCUGAGGCGCUUCAGAUCACAGUGGGCCACAUCCUGGGAGAUGCCGGCAGCCCCUACCUCACGGGACUUAUCUCCAGUGCCCUGCGGGCGGGGCGCCCCGACACUUACCUGCAGCGCUUCCUCAGCCUUCAGCAGAGCUCCCUGUGCUGCGCCUUCGUCAUUGCCCUGGGCGGCGGCUGCUUCCUGCUGACUGCGCUGCACCUGGAGAGAGACCAAGCCCAGGUCCAGCAGUCUGGCACAGGGAUCCUUGAGAGCGAGAGCCAACGCCUGAUUUCUGGCAGGGGUGCCUCCCCAGAGGGCUCCUGA